UGGUUUCCUUGGUUUCUUUAAGAACACACCAAGCCACACAGAAGUUAUGGGAAAUGGGACUUCAUCGCAGCCAAUCACUGUUGGUGAUGACACCAGUGGUGGCAAUUGUAAAAGGACUGAAAAACGAUUGCCAUGGACAAAAGAGGAGGAUCUUAGAUUGGUUAGUGCUUGGUUGAAUAAUUCAAAUGACCCAAUUCAAUCCAAUUACAAGAAGAAUGAGCAGUAUUGGAAAGAAGUCACUGCUGUCUACAAUAGUACCACUCCCAAAAACAGGGAAAGGCUACUAAAGCAAGAAUAUGCUGUGAUGUGGUCAUCUGACAUGAAGGUUCUUGAUGCCAAUGCUUAGCUGCUUCUUUCUACCAAGAUUUCAACUUUGGCUUUGUGCCUUCAUCGCAUCAAAAUCAAACUUAUGCCUUGUUUGCUAGAGACCAUGUUUAGUAUUUUGUUUGGCUAAUGCUCUCUUCUAAAGAAUCAUGUAAUGUUUUAGUGUCGAUGUCAUGGUGCUAUGCGCGAUUUAUUUGUUGGUCACUGUCGUCAAGAACA